AUCUGUCCAGCCGGGUGGUCGGUCUAGUCGGUUCCGCGAUCGGAAUCCAUCCGGUGGAAGAUUGCGGCACGGGUUUGGGCGUGCUCGUGCAGGUCGCAGCUAGCCAUGUGUACGUACGUAGUCGUAGCUCGGUGCAUCAUUGACGGACAGGUGACGAUCCACGGUUGGGCAACCAGCCAAAGAGUAUCGCUAGACUUCAGAUCGAUCUGGAUAAACUCGGAGGCGACCUAGCCGGGCGCGCCCCCCUUCGCGAAAUUUCCAUGCAUGCGGUGGCGAGUACGGUGCACCGGAUCAAACCAGCAGGAUGCUCAUAGAAUCUCGGCUAAUUUCGUCGCGGCUUUCUCUAAAUCAAGAAACGGGAGCAGUCCGUUUGAAUAUUAUUUGGAUUUUUCUUUUUGAAAAGGUGAUCCAUCGGUGCAAACACAUGCGUGCCUCGCCAUGUCGACGUACGGUGGGGGUGAGCCAGCAUACAAAAAAAUGUUGAUGGCAUGGCAAUGGCAUGCAGCAACCAGUCGAGAUGAGAAGUUGCACGCAGCAACAGUGGUUCCUCUGAACGAUUCUUCUAUGUUUUUCCUCAUCUUUUGACAGAUCUGGAAACAGUGAAAUUCGUUGAAUAUGAUGGUUGCACGUUUCACCAGUCGGCGGGCAGCUGGCUAGCUCUUCCGGGGAGCGUUUCAGGCGCAAAUAAUAAUUAAACAACAUGCGUUCGGCAGACGAAACACUUCUUUUCUCGCUACGUACUGUGGAACAACAUGCGGAAUCUUUUUUCGUGCCUCAGCUUGUCACACGCAAAGUAAGUGCAAGUGCUGACUCGGGUAACUUUUUGCCUGUCUUCGCAGGUGGCCAAGACGACCAAGAAGAAGCCGUCGUCUGCACCGGCGUUCACGCCCAUGGACAUCGCGCCGCCCGCACAGAGCGCGGAGGCCACCCCGCCGCAGACGCCGCCGCAGCCAAGCUUUCUGUACAGCGCGCCGCCAACUUCCAUGCCUGUGCCCUAUGUAUGGGGCUCCUGGCCCCCGUGCGGGCCGGGGGUGUACGAGCAUGGCGGCAACCUGGCUGGCAUGGCGGGACACGCCCCACCGCCGCUCUGCGUCCCGCCGGCCUGCGCGUGGUACUACCCCGUCGUCGCCGCUGCCACCGACCCCCGCGGCUCGCCCCCGGCCUACGUGCAGCCGUUCCAGGAGCCGACCGGCAGCGGGACGGCCGGGGAGGACACCGACGACGACCCUUGCUCGCUGACCCUCGCCAUCGAUGCUGUCGACAAGAAGAGCCCCACCGCCGGUCCCAAUGCUUACCAAAGUGGCAGCGGCGUGGUGGGGGCACUGGGGCUGCAGGUCGCGCUUAACGGUAGAGAGAAGGCGGCGACGGCGGCGGAGGCGAGGAAGAGGAGGAAGGAGCUCACCAAGCUGAAGCAGAUGCACGCCGGAAGCCGCCAUGCCGCUGGCGAGCACUGGUAAGUGAGCUGCUGACCAUGGCAGAUUACUAGAAGAUCGAGGACGCAUGCAUGCAUGGCACUACUGCUGCUGUGUCACUGACGAGGCAUCGGGCGAUCAACUGAUGAUGACGAUUGGUUCUUUGGACGCAAGCAACAGCACUGAUAUUAGUACAGUUCCUACUACUACCAUUUUUUUCUGAUGUUCUUAAUAUUUCCAUCGCGUUUGUCUAGGAACGUAGGUUUGCAUUUCAGUUACGCCCCAUGGCACUGAAGGAAUGUGUUCGGUUUUGGUUUGAGAUUCUUUGGUGCAAUCUGUAACCGGAUGAAUAACUAGUGGUCCGAUCAUGUAUAGCACCGGAGCUGUACGUAAUGUAACGAUUCUUUACGUACCAGUAGCAUUCUUUUGGGCCACUCCCAACAAAACAAGUAAAGGGAACUAAAGGAAUAUCUAUUCUCGAUUGUCCUGAACUAAAUUAUCAUUUUGAA